AUGUGUGUCCAGAAUCUCGUCGAGCUUGAAUCUGGCAUAACCCUCGACCUGUACAUGGAUGAAGCUAUUGUUGUCCAGGAAGAUUUCAGGUUGCAGAAAGUAACUAAGAACCUGCUGCAAUGUAUACGGGAUAAGAAUAGAUCUAUCGCGAGACAUGUCAGACAUCUGGAGAUCGGCGCAUUCUAUCAGGGCUUCUUCGAUGAGGCGCUCGCGCCUGUUCUGGAGGAUGUGUUGACGAUGACGACUGGCCUGCAGUCUUUCAGCUGGGGCACGAUCAUACCUAUACCAGAGGGUGCCCUUCACCUGUUUCACACGAUGCAUCCCACGGCUCGCCUGCACGUGACGAAUCUCGAACGGGAAGGGAAGCCUCUGGAUCGACGUCUACUCUCGUCAACACAGCUACACUCCCUCCGGUUGUGCGUUUACUACGAUGAACCAGACCAAAACCUUCACCUAGAGGGUUGUCGCAGCGAGCUCCAAAUUCUGAAAGGUUACUUGAUGCUCGGCAAUAGCAUCAAGAAACUUGAUCUGAGCUUCGAAGACGCUAAGCUUACGAUACAUGAUAAAGCGCUCGUUGGUCUCAAAGACUGCGCGCAUGGCCCUUUGAACUUCCAUUGGCAAAAAGGAGAUCGAUUUCCCACGCUUGAGGAGUGGGUUGUGGGCGAGAGUUACGCAGACUAUGCCUACACCGCGCAACACAUGGACCUGUGGCAUCGAUGCAUGGAUUGGUCCCUGCUCCGCGUACUUGAUCUUGGCCGUUUGAACAUGUAUCCUUCAUCUAUGCUGCCGAUAAUAUCGUUGACUGGCCAUGUCCCGCGGCUUGAGUCUUUGAGUCUCGCCGUCUUCAACUACAACGAACACGAUAAGAAAGAUGCAAAACGUUCACUGUCAAUAUUGGAAGAGUUUCUGCGAAAUGUUCUGGCACUCAUAAGAUUGCGCCUAGAAUGGGACGGCAUCCCGGACUGUCUACCAAUAAUAUUACAACAUCAAGGCUCGACGCUGCGUGAAUUGGGCUUGGAAGACCGUGGCGAUACAGCUCCCUGGAGCCACCAGCUCUUUCUCGACAUACUGAGCAAGGCGCCGCAACUGUGCCAUCUAGACGUAGAGACGUCGAAUCAACACUCUGAGUUCGAACUAGAAGGGAGGUGGUCUGGUAAAGCUAUCAAUUCAUCGCCAUCUGAGAAGUUUAAGAACAUGGAGCAUAUGCACAUGAGCUUUCAGCUCAACAAAGCAAAAGCAGAAGUCGCUGUUCUGAAACGCUUGGACAUGCCAUACGUACUAAGGCGAGCUGAAAGAUACGAAUUGAACGCCACAGGAGUCACUUGGAUACGAGAAUCACCGUAG